AUGAAUUUAUAAUCCUAUAAAAUAUUUUUAUUUAUUUUUUUUAUUUUAAAUAUUGCCUUUUAAAGCCCUUCAUGCCUUGAUUCAAAAGGAAAUAAAGUAGACUAUUUUAUAGCAUUGAAACAUCCUGAUAGUACGGAAUUUUCUUAUUGUGAUUCUUCAAAACCUUGUAAAGAUUUGGAAUCAACAAAAAAAGAACUUAAUGAUAUUUCAAUAUCUCCUUUAUUAAAGACGCUUUAAUAAAUAAAAAGCCUAAAAUCUGAUAAAUAUGCAUCUGUUUUUUGGAAUGAUGAAGUUGCUGAAAAGGAUAUUUCUUUAACAUAUGCACAUUCUAAAGGAAUUAUGGGAUUAGAUAAACAUAAUGGAUUUUUAAUAGUGCAUAGUGCUCCUAAAUUUCCUUUAAUAAUAAAUGAUGAAAUAGAUUUGAAGAUAUAAGAUGGAUAAUAAAUCUUUGCUUAACAUUUUUUCUGUAUAUCUACAACUUCUGAAUAAUUAAAUAAUAUUGCGGAAGGAUAUACUAUUGAUUGGCCUUAUGUAUAUGCAUCAAAUAAUGCAACUUCAAUUUUAGAUUAAUUUAAAAAUAUCUAACAACUUAUUUCAAAGAAAAAAAAUACUGAUUUAUAAUAAAAAGUUAUACCGUUUUAAUCUCAUAAAGGAAUUAAAUUUGAAAAAUUUUCUAAGUCAGGCUCAUGGGUAGUUCCUUUUUACGAAAAUGUAGUUUCUACGCAUAUUAAAUCUGGUUUGAUUGUUGAAAGUUGGGGUUCUCCUUAAGAAACACCUAGCUGUUAAGGAGAAUUUUAAGUUUUUUCAAACCUUGAAGUAGCUUUUCCUAAGUAAGAUGAAUUUAAAUAAACUAAAGAUCAUUCUAAGUAUGCUAUAUCUACUGACUAGAAAUUACAUUUCGUUUGCUUGGGUGAUAUUAAUAGGUAGUAAACUUAAUGGAAAAGAGGAGGAGGUACGGGUUAAUAAUCUUAAAAUAACUAACCCAUAGGAAUUACAUUUGAAAAAAUAAUAGGAAAUGGUACAUUUGGAGUAGUUUAUUUGGCAACAUUAAAUGAUACAAAUGAAAAGGUUGCUAUAAAAAAAGUGUUUUAAGAUAAAAGAUACAAAAAUAGAGAAUUUGAAAUUAUAAAGAUAUUAAAUCAUUAAAACAUAAUAAAACUAAAACAAGCAUAUUACACAAAAGGAAAUAAAGAUGAUGAAGUUUAUUUAAACAUUGUUAUGGAAUAUGUUCCAGAAACUCUUUCAAACCUUAUUAGAUAAUAUCGAAAAAUUAAGCAAUAAAUUCCACCUUAGUUACUCAAAGUAUUUUCAUAUUAAUUGAUUAGAGGUUUAGCAUAUCUUAAAGGUAUUAGUAUUGCUCAUAGAGACAUAAAACCCUAAAAUAUAUUGACAGACUCAGAAAAUUUUUUGUUAAAAUUAUGUGACUUUGGUUCGGCUAAAAAACUUGUAAAAGGUGAUUCUAAUAUAGCUUAUAUAUGUUCUAGAUAUUAUAGAGCUCCUGAACUUAUAUUUGGGGCUGCUUAAUAUACUACUUAAAUAGAUAUUUGGUCGAUUGGAACUGUUAUUGCUGAAAUGAUUCUGUUUGAACCUAUUUUCUAAGGUCAAAAUUCAGUCGAUUAAUUAAUUGAAAUUAUCAAAAUUAUUGGGUCUCCCACUAAAGAGCAAGUACUUAAAAUGAAUCCUAAUCAUAAUUAAUAUAAUUUUCCUUAAAUUAAACCUUGUUCUUGGCCUAAAUUUUUUAGUAAAUAAAAGCCUGACCCUUUAUUAGUUGAUUUAAUUAGCAAAAUUCUUAUUUAUGUCCCUAGUGAAAGACCUACUCCUUUAGAAGCUUUACUUCAUCCAUAUUUUAAUGAUUUGAGAAAUGAAAAAUUCUAUUAAAGUUACCCGAAUAUGCCUGACUUUUUUAAUUUCUCAAAUGAAGAAAUAUCUACUUAACCUUAAUUGAAAAAUCAUCUAAUUCCUGAUUGGUAUAAAAAUAAAUAAAUUGAUAAUUUAAGCAAAGAUUUUAAUUAGAAAGUCUUUUUUAAAGAUAGUUAAAAAUGA